CUGGUUAAACCACAGUUUUACAGGCUGCAUCUAUUACUCAAAUGAGGACUUUUGCUAGUAAUCAGACUGUCAACAUUCUAGAAAACGGUGACAUCACUAUGGAGGUACACAAAGUUACUGUGAGAGGCCCCCGAAGAAUUCAGUGGAGGCACUUCAACCAGACAUCAAUGGAGAACUCAGUCUACUUGGAAAGGAAAAGAAAAAAAAUAACAGAGACAGAGUCCAAGCUAUCAAAUAGUGCAUGGGGUGAGAAAAGAAAAGAACUGGCCGUGGUUUCCAAUAUCUAUACUCAUGUACUGAACAUGUUCAAGGUUGUGAUACUGGCCUCCUUUUACAAGAUGAGGUCUUGCUAUGUACAUUUCACCAGCAAGAGUUAUUCAGAAGGGACUCAACUCUUGGCUUUGAAGAUGAAAGUACUGAUAAGCCUAGAAUACAAGUGGCAUUUUGAUGCUAAGAAUAACCCCAGGCUGGCCCUCCAUAUUACAGCCAUAUGGAAACGAAAUCUCUAUCAACUGAAUUAAGCCUAGAGCUUCCAGAGAGGAAUAUAACCCUGCCAACACCUUGACUGCACCCCUGCGAAGAUUCAAUGCACCACCAAAGUCAUGCUCUACCCAAUCUUCCGACCUAUCAAAA